AUGAAUACGUCUGAAAAAGAGAAGCUAUUGAAGAAAUACUAUUACAACGCCAAAAAUCCAGCAUCUUACAGUGGUGUAGCUAAAUUGUUUUAUGCACUGAAGAAUGAUUAUCCUGGCGAAUUCAGUCUUCAGUUUAUUAAAGACUGGUUAGAUAAGCAGGACUCUUACUCCCUUCAGAAACAAGUUCCUCAUCAAAUCAAGAGGGCUCAAGUUCGUGUGAGUCAUAUAAAUGAAAUGUGGGAUAUAGAUCUGCUUAGCAUGGAGAAUUUGUCUAAAGAAAAUGAUGGCGUGCGCUUUCUACUAUUCUGUAUUGAUGUGUUUUCCAGAAAGCUACGGGUUAAACCUUUAAAAGAUAAAACUGCGAAGUCAGUGACAAAAGCGAUGAAAGAAAUUCUUAAGGAUGUGAAACCAUUAAAAAUUCGUUCAGACAAAGGGUCUGAAUUUGUAAAUCAAUGGUUUAAAAAGCUCAUGAAAGAGAAGGAUAUAUAUUUUUUUACUACGCAAAAUUCACCAAAAGCUAACUUCGUUGAACGCAGUCAGAGAAGCAUAAAAACCCGGCUGUACAGAAUGAUGAGACAAAGACGUUCCUAUCACUAUAUAAGUGAUCUGAAUAAAAUAAUAGCCAGCUAUAAUGACACGCCUCAUAGGAGCUUAAACAAUUUAACGCCCAAUCAAGUCAAUAAAGAAAAUGAAGCUGAUGUGUGGGCUUACAUGUACUUGAAAAAAUCUGGUGUUCAUAAAAAGGCGAAGCCAGUAUACAGAUUUAAAACAGGUGAUCUAGUGCGUAUAUCUUUUGCUAAGCAUCCAUUUCGCAGGGCCUAUCAAGAACAGUAUACUGCGGAAGUCUUCAAACUAAGUAGAAGAUUUCUACUGCAGGGCAUUCCUAUGUAUAAGUUGAAGGACUUGAAUGAUGAAUCAAUCAAGGGUAAUUUUUACACGUCCGAAUUAACAAAAGUAGACAAAGACAUUUACAGUCUAUGGUUUAUUGAAAAAAUAUUAAAACGUAAAAGAAGAAACAAGAAGCUUUAUUAUUUUGUGCAGUGGGAGGGCUUUCCAAAGACAUUUAAUAGUUGGAUUCUGGCGGAUGAAGUCAAAGAUACCGCAGGAACCUCGGCAUAA